AUGUCAAACUACGAGUGUCUGAAGGUUUUCGUACAAUGGACUUCCUUUUUGUGUUCUCUCGUUUUCAACUCAAUUCUUAUUUUUCUCAUAAUCACAAAGUCACCAAAGAAAAUGGGAAACUAUCGGUGGCUUAUGAUCUACUUUUCCUGUUUUGCCAUCUUUUUUUCAACUUUGGAUAUGAUUGUGGGACCGUUCAUUCAUGCUCAUGGAACAAGCGCGUGUCUGUUGAUGAGAAGAAGUGAACCUGAAGACGUUGCAAAUGUUCAGUAUGUACUUUUAAUGAAAUUGAAUCAGUAUUUUACAGUACUUCUUUGUUCUUGCUUCGGUGUGACCAUCACUUUCUUUGCUAUUCAUUUUGUCUUCAGGUAUUUUGCACUAGAAAGAAGAGGUCGAAUCGCCUACUUCGAUGGUAAAUACUUCCUUAUAUGGCUAGCCAUUCCUGUGGUCUGUGGGACUGUCUGGGGCCUAGCCCUCCACUUUUUUGUCGGACACACUGAUGAGACUACGGAAUACUUGAGAGAAAACAUCCUCUACCAUUACAACUUGAAAAUGAAAGAUGUGAUCUACGUAGGUGCUUUCUAUUGGAGAACUCUAGAAAACGGAAAAACGGAACUAGUGAUCUCUACUGCCAUAGCUGCUGUAAUAAUGUUUUCUAUAAAGGCAACAUCGAUUUCCGUUGUCUGUUAUUAUGGUUUCCUAAGCUACCGACGAAUUUCUGAAUUGCCACAAGAAGGGGAGUCGGCGUUUACCAAGAGUUUACAAAAACAAUUAUACAAAGCACUAGUUUUACAAGCAAUGAUUCCGAUUCUUUUUAUGUAUCUUCCGAUUGGAACAUUUCUAAUGUUACCUGCUUUUAACGUCAACAUUGAAUCAUUCAGUAAAUUGGCAACACUGUUCUAUGCAGUGUAUCCAGCUGUGGACCCACUUCCAUUGUUUUUUGUAAUCGAUAACUACAGAUAUGCUUUGAAAGAGGUUUUCCAUGGAUGUUCUCAAAAACCAGUACGAGUUUCAGGCACAGAAAAUUCGUUGACAUAA